ACAGUACCUUUGAUAAAGGUUUCAUUUUCAUCUCAUAGUGUCAGUAUCAGUAGCAGAGGGAAGAAGUCUAGACCGUGGAGUUCCAUUCUCAAGAUGUUCCCUCACAUGGCGCUCUGUAAAUUCUUUCCUCUGGUUCUCGUGGGAGUUGUGGUGUUUGCUGUGAGCGGGAUCAUUGGAGACCCACUGUAUGAGUGCCUCCAAGACACAGACUACAGCGAGCUCCUGGACAUCGUGGAUAAAGGUCUUCCUGCCACCAAGACACCUCGUCAUGUAGCAAUCAUCGGUGGGGGCAUCGCUGGAUUGACGGCUGCAAAGUUUUUAGAAGAUGCUGGGCAUAAGGUGACCAUAAUAGAAGCGAGUAACCGUAUUGGAGGACGUGUGGAGACCUUCAGGAACAGAAGAGAAGGCUGGUACGCUGAAGUGGGUGCCAUGAGGAUCCCCAGCUUUCAUAAGAUUCUGCUUUCCUUUGCCUCUAAAUUACAAAUUGCUCUAAACCCCUUCAUCCAAGAUGACAUAAACACCUACUAUUUGGUGAAUGGAGUGCUACAGAAAACCUAUGCUGUGGAAAACAACCCUGGUGUGCUCAACUACAGCCUGAAUGAAAGAGAGAGGGGGAAAUCAGCUGCUCAGCUCUUCAGUCAGGCACUGUGGAAGGUGAGAGAUGACCUGAAGACGAUGGGCUGCAGUGCCAUGUUGAAUAAAUAUGAUUCCUACACAGUGAAGGAAUAUCUGGUGAAGGAGGGCAACCUGAGCCGUGGCGCUUUGAGGAUGAUCGGGGACAUCCUGAACGAAAACAGCCUCUUCUACACGUCACUGAUAGAGAUGCUGUACAUACAGUCAGACAUCAACGACAACACGGCGUACUUUGAAGUGAAAGAUGGAUUUGACCACCUCCCCAGAGCUUUCUACCAGGUGUUAAACGCCACCAUCCUUCUCAACUCCAAGGUCAAACAGAUCAACCAAACAGGUGGCAGCAACGUAACUGUAACAUACCAGGACUGGCAUAACUCAGGCGCCCUAACCAACCUAACAGUGGACUAUGCCCUGGUUACGGCCACAGCCAAGGCGACCCUCUUCAUUAACUUCCAGCCGCCUCUCUCCGGGGACAAGAUGGAGGCCCUGCGUUCAGUCCAUUACGCCAGCUCCACCAAGGUUGUUCUCAGCUUCAAGCAACGCUUCUGGGAGAAAGAGGGCAUCAGAGGAGGGAAGAGCAUCACAGACCGGCCCUCUCGCUUCAUCUACUACCCCAGCCACAGCUUCCCUGGCACAGACGCAGGGGCCCUCCUGGCAUCUUACACCUGCUCUGACGAUUCCACCCUCUUCCAAGGGAUGAGCGAGGAGGAGCUGAUGGCUGUGGUCCUGGAGGACUUGGUCAAGAUCCACGGAGAGGUAAUAAGGGAUCUGUGGACGGGGGGGCUGGUGAAGAAGUGGGGCUUGGAUCCUUACAGUCUGGGAGCCUUCGCCCUGUUCACACCCUACCAGCAGGGACACUAUGCCAGAGAAUUGUUCCAGAGCGAGGGACGGGUGCACUUUGCAGGUGAACACACAGCCACACCUCAUGGGUGGAUUGAAACUGCCAUGAAGUCUGCGCUCAGGGCAGCUAAAAAUAUUAACAGCCUUACUGUGUAGUUCUGUUUGUAGCAUUUUUUUUUCCUUAUUUGUUCCAACAUGUUCAUUCUUAUAGGAUUUGUCUCAUUCUUGGGUCUAUGUGGUCUAUCAUUGUCGACCCACUCUGAUGUGUAUGUUUGUAUUUUUUCAUAUUUAUUGAUCUAGGUACAUAUCUAUUAAUCAGCAGUACAAGGCUUGUUGAUUUAUUGGCGGCCCCCAACUGACAUUUUGAUCAGAGUCCACACAGAUUAGCAUAAAUGCUAAGUUAAUUAUUACCCCGAUGAUUGUGAAUUCAGGGUUUUACUGUGUAUACGUGAUGUCUUAGAGGAUAUUCCACGAUUAUCUGCCAGAAUAAAACUUAAAAUAAGAAGAGAAUUAAAGCUGCAAGUUAACUGUUAAUUAUCUUCAGCACUGAUUAAUCUGCUGAUUAUUUUUUCACUUAAACAAUUAAUCAAUUGUUUGGGCUGAAAAAUAUCAGAAAAUAGAGAUAAAUUAAAACCCAAACCCAAAAAACAUCCUACCAAGGUAUCCUACAGGAUAAUGUCAGGGAGGCUGUUACCAGCUCAGGCUCAGUAGAAGCUGAGUGACGCAGCAGGACAAUGACCCCAAACAUCAAAGUGUAUCUACUACAGAAUGAUUUCAGACAAAGAAAGUCCACCUUUUCAUGUGGCCCAGUCAGAAGAGCCCAGACCUGAACUGGUCUCUUCUGUGAUGGAGAAAUUCCUCCUGAAUGUUGUGCAGGUCUGAUCUGCAGCUACUGGAACAGCAUGUUGAGGUUUUUACUGCCAAAGGUUUGACCAGUUAUUAAAUCCCACCUUCCUUUUCCACCAGCAGUGCCAAUGUAGAAAGGUUGUGUUCAAUAAAGACAUGAAAGAUCUGAGUUUUUGUGUGCUAUUAGCAAAAGCACAUUGUGUUUGUCUGUACUUGUGACUCACACGAAGAUCACAUCGCAUUUUAUCAUCAAUCAAUGCAGAAAGCUAGGUCAUUCAAACAGUUCACAGACUUUUCCUUGGCCCUGAGUUUGGCUACCAACUGCACAAUUUGUAAUAUUUACUGAUGUGAGUUUUCAAUCUAUAUCCUUUAAAGUUUUGUGAAUAAAUAUAUGAAAACAACCUGUUAUUAGCCAAUGCUGUUGUUAAUAUUCUUGUGGUUGUCUUUUACUAAAAUUCUUAUCGCUUCACUUUUACUUCUUCUCAUAGUUACACAAAGUUUUCUACUUGUAUGACACAAAAACUGAUAAAUCCAAGGU